AAACGCCUAGGGGGCAAAGAGGAUGGACCCGCAAGUCUGCCAAGCUACGUAUUGGUCCUGAGAUGGGCCGGACUAGCGCAAUGGAAAGACUUGGCGGGAGUCGUCACGCCCAAUCUCGUCGUUCUAGGGAAUCUGAGACGAUUCACCAAGACGAGGAGGAAGCAGAAAGCCAGCCGAGGGCGUCGGCAUAUACCAGGCUCUCAUACGAUGAGGAUGACCUGGACAAGAUAGGGAGCGUAGCAAGGAAAUUACGUGCCCUGGAGGAAAAGGUGGAAGAGAAGGCGGGAGCGAAAAAACACACUUUGGCUAAAUCUCCCUUUUCGGCCAGGGUACAUGCGCAGAGGUUGAGGCGGAAGAUCAAGCUGGACGUGGAGAAAUUCACAGGGAAGGAGGAUCCAAACGUCCACCUUGACACCUUCCACAAUGCAGCACAGAUGGCAGGGUGCACUGAUGCUGAGGAGUGCUUGCUCUUCUUCUCAUCCUUGAUAGGGAGGCCUGUGGAAUGGUUUAACGGCCUUCCCCAUGGCAGGAUUGGGUCCUUUGAGAAACUUGCCGAAGUUUUCCGCAAGAAGUACCAGGACAACUGCAUUAAGAGGAAGAAGUUCACCUACCUUAACACGGUAGGGCAGAGGGAGAAGGAGUCCUUGACUCAAUUCUUAACCCGCUGGAGGGAUGAGGUUGACAAAGUAGAAGAGAUGGAUGAUAAGACGGCCAUGUCUUUAUUGAUGAAUGCCUUCCGGUCAGAUGACCUCUACACUGAAUUCUGUAGGAGGCCGCCCUCCUCUUAUCAGGAAGCCUACAAUACGGCAUGGGAAUAUGCCGAGGCAGAAGUGCUGAACAAGAAUAAGCGGGAGCUGGAAGAAGGCUACACAAAGUCGAAAUCCGACAAGCUAAAGAAGGAUGAGCAGACAGGAGGGUCCAAACUAAAGGCCACAUAUGACGGAUCCAUCCACCAAAUAAGGGAUGAUAAGAAGGGAGAGCAACCCAAGAGACAAUGGACGGAGAAGUGGUGCACAUACCACCAAUCCGAUUCCCACAACACGGCGGAUUGCCGAAAUGUCAAGACUGUGCUCAAGGAGAUGGCCUUGAAAGGAGAGCUUGGGGAAGGUUAUGCGACGGGUAAUAAGAAGGACCCGAAAGCGAACACCUGGACCCGUCAUCAGGGAAAAGACCAGGGAAGGAGAAAAUCCGGGAAGGAUAACAACAAUCCGGAUAAAGAAUUCAUAGAGAUGAUUGUCGGCGGCCCAGAAGGCGGGGACACUGCCUCCCAGCGGAAGAACUGGGCCAGGAGUUUGCAUGUGGCGGUGGUUUCCCUGGAGUCACAUGGGAAGCAGGCAAGGAGGGAACCUAUCACUUUCACUGAUAGGGAUCUGCCCAGGACGGGGGGAGAUCAUAAUGACCCUCUGAUCAUUACAAUGGAUAUCAAUGGGGCCGAUGUGGCCAGGGUCCUGGUUGACACAGGAAGCAGUGUCAAUGUUUUAUACUUAGAUGCUUUCAAGAAAUUGAAGCUUGACAGAUCUAUGUUGAGGCCAUUGCAAACUCCAUUGUCAGGCUUCACUGGAGCUAGCAUAGAAGCGGAAGGUCAGAUCACCUUACCAGUUACCUUGGGGUCGGGUAACAAAAUAGUAACCAAGCAAAUGAGAUUUGUUGUGGUUGAUAUCAAGUGUGUACAUAAUGCCAUUCUUGGUAGACCUGGAAUCAACCAGGUCAGGGCAAUCAUUUCUAUGGCACACUUAUGCAUGAAGUUUUACACUCCCAAUGGAAUCGGGGAGGAAAGGGACAAGGGAGAGGAGAAGACUAGAAUCGAGCCGGAUGCAAACACGGAGGAAGUCCAGAUGGAUUCCUCCAAUCCUGAGAGGAAAGUCAAGAUUGGAGCUGAUCUUCAGGAGGAGCUAAGGACUGAGGUUGUCCAGGUGCUGACCAGGUAUAAAUCUUUGUUUGCCUGGAGUGUUGCUGAUAUGCCCGGAAUUGACCGGUCAGUCAUUUGCCAUCGUCUCUCUGUUCUUGAGGGGUCUAGGCCUGUAAGACAGAAGAAGAGAUUUUUGGCAAGUGAUAGGAGAGAUUUUGUAAAGAAGGAGGUUAAGGACCUACU